AUGGCUGACUCCUCUGAAGCUCACAACCAUCCAGUUGAUCAGAAUGAUGAUGCAAGACUGAACGUAACGGGCGCCGAGUUACAGGCUAUGAUAGAUAUAGCCGUAAACAACGUUGUGGACCGUGUGUUGAAGGAUCAUAAGCGAAAGUGCGAUAACACCCCAAAUAAAGGUUGUAAAAAGGGUAAGACCAGUUCAAGCUAUAACCAGUCUAAGCCAGAUAAGGCAAAACCCAAAUGUAAAACCUGCAAGAAGAAGCACUUCGGAAAAUGCUUCUAUGAACAGACCAGGGGAUGUGUCAUCUGUAAAGAGAUGGAUCACAAGACCCAUGAAUGCAAAAACUUGAAGGACAACCAGCAGACCGGUGAAAAGACCAGAUGCAAAACCUGUAGGAACUACCACUUCGGGAGUUGCAUAUUUGGAUCUCAGCCUCUAACCUGUGGAAUCUGCAAGUCCAAGGAGCACAAGACCUUGGAGUGCCAAGACAUAAAGGACGCAACCUGCUAUGGUUGCAAUGAAAAAGGGCACGUCAAAACAAAUUGCCCAAAUGAAACCAAGAAGUCUGGCAAGGCUAUGAAGACCAAAGCUGGAAGCUCUCAGAUGAAUGCUCAAGAGGCUAUUCAGGAUGACAAUGUCACAACAGAUUUCGCAGCUAAGUUUAAAAGGAUUAAGAAUGGAGGUGUUAACUCUCCUGAUGAAUGA